AAAUAAUAAUCUCUGUGGGGUGGGGAUGUUCGCGGAGCUCCAAAACCCUAACCAAAGCCCUUUCUUCAUUUUCUUCCUUCCAAAUCCCAAAAUGUCCAAAAUUUCCUCCACAUUUCUUCUACAUUUCAUCCAUAAACGUUUUCUCACUGCCAUUUCUACUCCUACAUUGCCUUUACCCUCUGUUUCUACCAUCCAAUUCCUCACUAAUUCAUGUGCCCUUUCUUCAGGAUCUCCUACCUCCGCCGGUCGAAAGCUCCAAUUCGAUGAAAAAAACAUCCAGCAGUACGAAGCCAUUAUCGGUUUCUUCAGAUCACAUGGAUUCGAGAAUCCACAGAUCGCCAAUUUGGUCUCGAGGCACCCUUCUAUACUUCAAUCCAGAGUAUCCACCAAUCUGAACCCUAAAUUUGAGUUCCUCCAGGAAAUGGGGUUCGUCGGUCCUUUACUUUCUAAGCUAAUUCUAUCAAACCCUUGGCUUCUUUUCAGGAGCUUAGAUUCUCAUUUGAAACCAUCGUUUUCUUUCUGGAAGAAUAAUCUUGAAUCGGUUGAACAAGUAACUGCUGCUAUUUCUCGUUCUUCGUGGCUUCUAACUUCUGAUUUUAAGGGUAUCUUAAAAUCUAACAUUGAUUUAUUGGUCAGUGAAGGAGUAUCUUCUAGGGCUAUAGCGACAUUGAUUGUAGUGCAGCCUAGAACUAUAAUGCGAACAGUUGAUAGAAUGAUUCAAUUAGUGAAAACGGUUAAAGAAUUGGGCUUUGAACCAAAAGCUCGUACGUUUGUUCAUGCACUUAGAGUAAGGGGUUCAAUGAGUGAUUCAAUUUGGAAGAAGAAAAUAAAUGUUUUGAAGAGUUUAGGAUGGUCUGAGAAGGAGAUUUUUGCAGCAUUUAAGAAAUUUCCACUUUAUUUAACUUGUUCAGAGAAGAAAAUGAGGGAUGUUGCAGAUUUCUGUUUCAACACUGCCAAGUUGGAUGCAGGAACUCUAAUUACUUACCCUGUGUUAUUCAAGUUGUCAGUCGACAAGCGGCUCCUACCGAUGUACAAAGUUCUUGAGGUUUUGAAGGUGAAAAAUCUUCUUAAGAACAAAAAGAUCGCUCGGGUGUUUGUACAAGGGGAGAGAGAAUUUGUGGAGAAAUAUAUUGUUAGGCAUUUGGAUGAAAUCCCAUAUCUGAUGGACAUAUACCGGGGCAAUGUCACAGCCGAAACCAAAUCUGUUGUAUAGGAUUGUAAAGUUGUGGGAGAGUUGUGAUGAUUUUGCAUCUAAAUUAAGGUAGUUUGUUAGGUAAAUCCAUUUGGUGUAUAUUUGAUCAUAGACAUGUUAAUCUUGAAAUUUGAGGCUGGAGGCCUUUUUGUUUUUCCCUUCCUAAUCUUCUACUCUUUCCUUGAACUUUUGUUAGGUUUGUAGACUAAUUUUGAAUCCAAUAAUGUUGAAAUAGAGGUGAUUUUUUUCAUUCA